AUGACAUUCCUUGAUGGCCUCUCCGUCGGCCCGGCCGGUUUCUCCAGGCCCGCCGGCGCCCACCACCGCCGCCAGUCCUCUCGCUCACGGCACAAGAAGCGCUCCUCACGCUCGCGCUCGCGCUCACGAUCCAACUCCCGACGUCGCGGCGCAUCAUCGCUAGCCGGCUCACUCCUCGCGGGCCUCGGCGAGAGCACCCACCACCACCACAAGCACAAUGCCUCCAGGAGCUCCUUUUUCAGCCUCGGCAACUGGAGCCGUUCGAGCUUAUUUGGAGGACGAUCCUCCUACUACAAGCGCUCUCCGCGACAAGGCUUCAUGCAGCGGGCCUACAAGCGGCUCAAACACCUCCUCCGGGACCUCGUCCGUCAUGCAAGGCGCAACCCAUUGAAGGUGUUCUUCCUCGUCAUCAUGCCCCUCCUCACCGGCGGCGCCCUCACCGCCCUGCUCGCUCGCUUCGGCCUGCGCAUGCCCCCAGCCCUCGAGCGCAUGCUCGGCGUGGCCUCCCAGGCUGCUUCCAGAGGCGGAGGGGUCGGUCUCGUUGGCGACGCCGUCCGCAUGGCUGGUGGUCUGGGUGCCACCCGCCGCCGCGACGGUAAGAUGCAGUGGGAGCGGAAGCCUGCUUCUCGCCAUCGUCGGGCCGCCGACGACGCCGACGGAUGGUCAGAAGGCAUCAUGGGUGUCGCCAAGAUGUUUAUCUAA